UUCCUGUUUCCUGUUGAAGUUUAGUUGUUGCAGCUUCUUUUCUCCGUCUAAAGAUGAAGGUAGAAAGUCUCUGUGAGCUGAUGUGGAUGUGAAUUCAGCAGCAUCUGUCCAGGUGUUUCUCUGCUAUGGAUCAGUGUGAGGACAGAGAGGAGGGAGUCUCUCCCUCUAAAAGCUCUCUGUGUGGGGAAUAUGACAGCCAGACCAAAGCUCAGAGAACAAAGAAGCAGCACAGACCAGACACUGCUGGACCCGGACCUGGACCUGCACCCAGCUGUGUGUCCAUGAAGAGUGACCGGUCCAUGAAAGAACCUAUAUGUUUUAAACCUGGACAACCUGCUGAUGGAAGGAUCCAGCAGCAGAGACCAGACUCUUCUGGACCUGAGCCCAGCUGUCUGUCCUUUAAGAGUGACCGGUCAAACAAACGUUUCAUUGAUUUUAAAGGAGGACGUCCAUCUGCUGGUCAAAUAGUGGACCAGGAGAGCUCAGAGGUUCCCAGUGGUCAGUCUGCCCAGCAGCAUCAAACACACCUGGACUCCAUAUUUAUGCUGCUGGAGGAGAACAUCGUCACUUUUGUGAAGAACGAGUUGAAGAAAAUGCAGAAGGUUCUGAGUCCAGAUUACCCAGAAUGCUUAGAGAGUCAGAGGGAGGAUGAGGAGGAGCAUAGGAGGAGCAGCAGAGAGGCAUUUCUUAAGAUUACACUGCACUUCCUGAGGAGAAUGAAGCAGGAUGAGCUGGCUAACCGUCUGCAGAGCAGAACUCGUGCUGCAGAGUGUCGAUAUAAACUCAAGUCUAAUCUGAAGAAGAACUUCCAGUGUGUCUUUGAGGGAAUUGCUAAAGCAGGAAACGCAACCCUUCUGAAUCAAAUCUACACAGAGCUCUACAUCACAGAGGGAGGAACGGCAGAGGUCAAUGAUGAACAUGAGGUCAGACAGAUUGAAACAGCAUCUAGGAAACCAGACAGACCAGAAACAAGAAUCAAACAAGAAGACAUCUUAAAAGCCUUACCUGGAAGAGAUGAACCAAUCAGAACAGUGAUGACAAAGGGAGUGGCUGGCAUUGGGAAAACAGUCUUAACACAGAAGUUCAGUCUGGACUGGGCUGAAGACAAAGCCAACCAGGGCAUACAGUUCACAUUUCCAUUCACUUUCAGAGAGCUGAAUGUGCUGAAAGAUAAAAAGUACAGCUUGGUGGAACUUGUUCAUCAUUUCUUCACUGAAACCAAAGAAGCAGGAAUCUGCAGGUUUGAAGAGUUCCAGGUUGUGUUCAUCUUUGAUGGUCUGGAUGAGUGUCGACUUCCUCUGGAUUUCCACAACAAUGAGAUCCUGACUGAUGUUACAGAGUCCACCUCAGUGGAUGUGCUGCUGACAAACCUCAUCAGGGGGAAACUGCUUCCUUCUGCUCGCCUCUGGAUAACCACACGACCUGCAGCAGCCAAUCAGAUCCCUCCUGAGUGUGUCGGCAUGGUGACAGAGGUUAGAGGAUUCACUGGCCCACAGAAGGAUGAAUACUUCAGGAAGAGAUUCAGUGAUGAGGAGCAGGCCAGCAUAAUCAUCUCCCACAUCAAGACAUCACGAAGCCUCCACAUCAUGUGCCACAUCCCAGUCUUCUGCUGGAUCACUGCUACAGUUCUGGAGGAUGUGUUGAAAAGCAGAAAUGAAGGAAAGCUGCCCAAGACCCUGACUGAGAUGUACAUCCACUUCCUGGUGGUUCAGACCAAACUGAAGAAGGUCAAGUAUGAUGGAGGAGCUGAGACAGAUCCACACUGGAGUCCAGAGAGCAGGAAGAUGAUUGAGUCUCUGGGAAAACUGGCUUUUAAACAACUGCAGAAAGGCAACCUGAUUUUCUAUGAAUCGGACCUGAAAGAGUGUGGCAUCAAUAUCAGAGUGGCCUCAGUGUGCUCAGGAGUGUUCACACAGAUCUUUAAAGAGGAGAGAGGGCUGUACCAGGACAAGGUGUUCUGCUUCGUCCACCUGAGCGUUCAGGAGUUUCUGGCUGCUCUUCAUGUCCAUCUGACAUUCAUCAAGUCUGGAGUCAAUUUGCUGGCAGAAGCACAGAAAACAUCCUGGUGGUCUAAAGUCUUUGAAGAAAACCCCAUACCAACAGGUCUCUACCAGAAUGCUGUGGACAAGGCCUUACAGAGUUCAAAUGGACACCUGGACUUGUUCCUCCGCUUCCUCUUGGGUCUCUCACUGCAGACCAAUCAGACUCUCCUACAAGGCCUGCUGAUACAGACAAGAAGUAGCUCACAGACCAAUCAGGAAACAGUCGAGUACAUCAAGAAGAAAAUCAGUGAGAAUCUGUCUGCAGAGAGAAGCAUCAAUCUGUUCCACUGUCUGAAUGAACUGAAUGAUCGUUCUCUAGUGGAGGAGAUCCAACAGUACCUGAAUUCAGGAAGUCUCUCCACAGAUAAACUGUCUCCAGCUCAGUGGUCAGCUCUGGUCUUCAUCUUGCUGUCAUCAGAAAAAGAUCUGGACGUGUUUGACCUAAAAAAAUACUCUGCUUCAGAAGAGGCUCUUCUGAGGCUGCUGCCAGUGGUCAAAGCCUCCAAGAAAGCUCUACUAAGUGACUGUAACCUGUCAGGGAGAAGCUGUGUAGCUCUGUCCUCAGUUCUUAGCUCCAAGUCCUCUAGUCUGAGAGAGCUGGAGCUGAGCAACAACAACCUACGGGAUUCCGGGCUGAAACUGCUGUCUGAUGGACUGGAUAGUCCACACUGCACACUAGAAACCCUAAGGCUGUCAGGAUGUCUGAUCACAAAGAAAGGCUGUGCUUCUCUGGCCUCAGCUCUGAGAUCCAACCCCUCCCAUCUGAGAGAGCUGGACCUGAGCUACAAUCAUCCAGGAGACUUAGGACAGAAGCAGCUGUCUGCUGGACUGGAGGAUCCACACUGGAGACUGGACACUCUCAGGCUGCAGCCUGCUGGAGUCCGAUGGUUGACACCAGGUCCAUGGAGGUAUUUCUGUCAACUCACACUGGAUCCAAACACAGCAAACAGAGAACUCAAACUGUCUGACAACAACAGGAAGGUGACACGUGUGAAGGAGGAUCAGUCAUAUCCUGCUCAUCCAGACAGAUUUGAUGUCUGGGUUCAGCUGCUGUGUAGAAAUGAUCUAACUGGUCGCUGUUACUGGGAGGUCGAGUGGAGAGGAAGAGUUGAUAUAUCAGUGAGUUACAGAGGAAUCAGAAGGAAAGGAAACAGUGAUGACUGUGUGUUUGGAUGGAAUGAUCAGUCCUGGUGUCUGAUCUGCUCUGAUGAUGGUCGUUACUCUGUCCGUCACAAUAACAGAGUAACAUCCAUCAUCUCCUCCUCCUCUGUCUCUAACAGAGUAGCAGUGUAUGUGGACUGUCCUGCUGGCACUCUGUCCUUCUACAGAGUCUCCUCUGACACACUGAUCCACCUCCACACCUUCAACACCACAUUCACUCAGCCUCUGUAUGCUGGGUUUGGGGUCUACUGGUCUGGUUCCUCAGCUUCUCUGUGUGGUCUGUAGGGGGGAGAGUCUCCUCCUGUUAGAGAAACUUUCUCACUGCUGACCAGAUAGUUCAGUCUGUACAGGAUCACACACAGCUGAUGGUAUUUAGUACCACCAUGAUCUCUCACUGCUUGUAAAUGUAAACAUGGUUUCCACAUGAUUGACAGUUUGUUUGUAAAAUGAAUCAAACAAUAAACUGAGUCCAGUUGUUGUUGUUUUCUGUUGUUAGUGUAUUAGAAAGGCUUGAACUGUAAUGGGAUAAUGAUUUGUUGUAGUUCUUAUAGUAGUAUCAUAGUAACUGUGUUACCUGAUUCCUUCACUUAUUUAGAGAUCACAUGACAAAUGAUGGUCAGAACAACAGGCCUCCUAUUGGCUGGUUAAAUGAACACCUCUAAUGGUGAAGGCUGAGGCUCAGCAGCUGGAGUGUGGCUGCUUUUAUGCUGCAUUCAUAUCAUAUUGGAAUUAUGCUAAUUAUGAGAUUCUGACUUGUAAAUAGAAUUCAGGUCAACAUUCAAGUGGUAAUUAUGAAGUGGAAAAGCUGAAAGCUCUGAUAUUUACUGGAUAUGGUGGAUUAUUGUCAAUAACAGUAUUUUUGAGCCUCAUUCCACCAACUUUGUAAUCAUGCAGCCGUCUUGAUUUAUUCUGUGACAUGAACACUCAUAAGUUGUAAACAUGGGAAUCUUUCCCGCCUAACUACUACAGAUAAUGCAUUUACAGUAAAUAGGAAAGUUUACUUUUGGUCAACAAUGAAAAUUAAAGUUAAAAUUUCAUGAAAGUAUAGCUCCUAGUAGACUUUGCUCAUCUCUGCAAGUCAUUGAAUUUUUAUUGAGUUGAAUUUAAUAGACUUUUGUUCUAAAUGUUUCUAUCUGUUAUGAAUGCUGGUGUGACCGGGCUCUUAGUCUCAUUAUGUUCCACUAAAUAACUUGAAUUUUAGGAACAGAACAACAAUCACUGUAAACAUUUUCCCUCUAAAAACCUUAAUAAACUGUCAGUUUGGGAUCUUUUAUGACCUUUUAAAGAUGUGAACAAUAUCACCAUUUCCUCAGUUUUAGUAUUUUUCUUCUUCUGACCAUGACAAUGGAUUUAUGUGACAUUUGUAUUGCCAAAAAAGAAGAAAAAAAACACACACUGAUGCUUUCCUUUGUUUUUUGUUUUUUGGCUUGACUAAAUAAAAAGCUGCAACUAACUGUACUUCUCAUUGUCAAUGUAUU